CGAGAGUAAUGCGGGGGUGGGGGUGGAGCUGCACUAGCCCGGAGCCCGGAGUGGGCAACGCGGCGUGAGCAGCUGCCCCAGGCUCCCACAGCAUCGCUCCGGGAGAAGACUUCGCUGCUCGGGGCCGCAGCCUGGUGAGCUCAGCCCCCCUUCAGGCCCUCCCCUGCAUCCCAGCCGGGGCCUCUUGGAGCCGCCGCUGAUCGAUGCCGACUUUCCCCGGGGACCCCAUCGCGACUCCAUCGAGCCUUAUCGCGACAUCACCGUGCCCUGUCGAGACUCCAUUUUGUUACAGCCCCUUUUCAAUAUAUAUCUUUAAUAUUUUUUUUAAUUUGCCCUGUCAUCUUUUGGGGGCUGUCCCUCUCCAUGUCGUGAUUUCGCUGUGAUCUCUCCGUGACAUCACCGCGCCAUCGUGAAGUGUGAUCUCAUCGCUGCCCUGUCGUGACUUCAUCAAUGUCGUGUUGUGACCUGGCUGCGGCGGGACAGUUGGGCAAGGCGGGCAUCAUGGCCUCGGAUUGCGAGCCAGCUCUGAACCAGGCAGAGAGCCGAAACCCCACCCUGGAACGUUACCUGGGAGCCCUCCGUGAGGCCAAGAAUGACAGCGAGCAGUUUGCAGCCCUGCUGCUAGUGACCAAGGCAGUCAAAGCAGGUGACAUUGAUGCCAAAACUCGGCGGCGGAUCUUUGAUGCGGUUGGCUUCACCUUCCCCAACCGUCUCCUGACCAGCAAGGAGGCACCGGAUGGGUGCCCUGACCAUGUUCUCCGGGCCCUGGGCGUGGCCCUACUGGCUUGUUUCUGCAGUGACCCUGAACUGGCCACCCAUCCCCAGGUCCUGAACAAGAUCCCUAUCCUUAGCACCUUCCUCACAGCCCGGGGAGACCCCGACGAUGCUGCCCGCCGCUCCAUGAUCGAUGAUACCUACCAGUGCCUAACAGCUGUGGCAGGCACGCCUCGAGGGCCUCGGCACCUCAUUGCCGGUGGCACAGUGUCUGCUCUGUGUCAGGCAUACCUGGGGCAUGGUUAUGGCUUUGACCAGGCCCUGGCACUCCUUGUGGGGCUCCUGGCCGCUGCUGAGACACAGUGCUGGAAGGAGGCGGAGCCUGACUUGCUGGCAGUAUUGCGAGGCCUCAGUGAGGAUUUCCAGAAAGCCGAGGAUGCCAGCAAGUUUGAGCUCUGCCAGCUGCUGCCCCUUUUUCUGCCCCCAACAACCGUGCCCUCUGAAUGCCUCCGGGAUCUGCAGGCCGGGCUGGCACGCAUCCUGGGAAGCAAGCUGAGCUCCUGGCAGCGCAACCCUGCACUGAAGCUGGCAGCCCGCCUGGCACACGCCUGCGGCUCCGACUGGAUCCCAGUGGGCAGCUCCGGGAGCAAGUUUCUUGCUCUACUGGUGAAUCUGGCAUGCGUGGAGGUCCGGUUGGCCCUGGAGGAGACAGGCACCGAGGUGAAAGAGGAUGUGGUGACGGCCUGCUACGCCCUCAUGGAGUUGGGGAUCCAGGAAUGUACACGCUGUGAGCAGUCCCUGCUUAAGGAGCCGCAGAAGGUGCAGCUUGUGAGCAUCAUGAAGGAGGCCAUUGGAGCUGUCAUACACUACCUGCUGCAGGUGGGGCCGGAGAAGCAGAAGGAGCCCUUUGUGUUUGCCUCGGUGCGGAUCCUGGGUGCCUGGCUGGCGGAGGAGACCUCGUCCCUGCGUAAAGAGGUGUGCCAGCUUCUGCCCUUCCUUGUCCGCUAUGCCAAGACCCUCUACGAGGAAGCUGAGGAAGCCAAUGACCUUUCGCAGCAGGUGGCCAACUUGGCCAUCUCCCCCACCACCCCAGGGCCCGCCUGGCCAGGGACGCUCUCCGGUGAGCUCCUUCUGCCCGGCUGGUGCCACCUGACAGUUGAAGAUGGGCCCCGUGAGAUACUAAUCAAGGAAGGGGCCCCCUCCCUUCUGUGUAAAUACUUUCUGCAACAGUGGGAGCUCACAUCCCCGGGCCAUGACACCUCAGUACUGCCUGACAGCGUGGAGAUUGGUCUGCAAACCUGCUGCCACAUCUUUCUCAACCUUGUGGUCACUGCACCGGGGCUGAUCAAACGUGAUGCCUGCUUCACAUCUCUCAUGAACACCCUGAUGACUUCGCUGCCUGCACUAGUGCAGCAGCAAGGGAGGCUGCUGCUGGCUGCCAACGUGGCCACCCUGGGCCUCCUCAUGGCCCGGCUCCUUAGCACUUCUCCAGCUCUUCAAGGAACCCCAGCAUCCCGAGGUUUCUUUGCAGCUGCCAUCCUCUUCCUGUCCCAGUCCCAUGUGGCUCGUGCCACACCUGGCUCAGACCAGGCGGUGUUGGCCCUGUCCCCUGACUAUGAGGGCAUCUGGGCUGACCUGCAGGAGCUCUGGUUCCUUGGCAUGCAGGCCUUCACUGGCUGUGUGCCACUGCUGCCCUGGCUGGCCCCCGCCGCCCUGCGUUCCCGCUGGCCACAGGAGCUGCUCCAGCUUCUAGGCAGUGUCAGCCCCAACUCUGUCAAGCCUGAGAUGGUGGCCGCCUAUCAGGGCGUCCUGGUGGAAUUGGCGCGAGCCAACCGGCUAUGCCGGGAAGCCAUGAGGCUGCAGGCAGGUGAGGAGACGGCUAGCCACUACCGCAUGGCUGCCUUGGAGCAGUGCCUAUCAGAGCCCUGAGGGGCAUCGACUGGGGACAGACCCGGGGGCGGGUAGCGAGGGAAGGAGGGAGGAGGCAUCUUCCCUGAAGCCCCCAACUGGACCCCCCUCCCCAGACUUCCCCCCCCCAAACACCCCAGCUUUCUGGCUUUUCGGAGGGCAAAGGGCAUGGUGCCCACCCCUCAGGUGUAAGGAGCUGUGUUCCGCCCCCUGGGCCCCCAUGGGGGCAGGAUUCGGCUUGGAAAUGAUGAGGUUGUCCCCGCCAGGCCGGGGAAGGUUGGAGCAGCCCCCAGGGAGGGGGGCACUAGGUACUAUUGUACUCAAUGUCUGGCUUCUCACAGGAGGGAGGCCCCAGGGUAGGCCAGGGCUGGCAGGAGCUGAUGACUGGCUUAGCCCAAGUGCCCUGCCGGCCAGGGCGUGGCCUCCCCAUAGCUGUGGUGCCCCUUCUGGCUCCCCAGGUCCACGCCCUUUAAAUUGGCCAUUUGGCUCUUGCCCCUGGGCAGAGAGCAGGCUCUGGCCAUACAUCACAGUUCUUCCUUCCAACUAUAGUGACCCAGGGUCUGACCUGCCCCUGGCCUUCCAGGGCAGCUUGGGGCAGACAGGCCAGUGGUGGGUGGGGAACCUCCUUCUACCUGAGCUUCCUUGAAGGGACCCAAGAGUCCUUGGGCCCGGGUCUCAAGCUUUUGUGUCAUGUUGCAGCAGAGUGACGAUGGGGGUUGGGGGUUAUUUAUUUUGCUUGUCCUUAUCCCUGCUUGGAUACUGAGCAUCUGAUCCCUGUCCCCCUGGUGCCAUUUGGCCUGGCUGGAGCCAGGAACAGGAGGGACAUCUCCCCAGAGUCUGCAUGUUUCCCCAGUGAUUGCACCCCAUUGCCAACGUGGUGCCUGGCUUCAGCUCCCACCCCUCCUAUGACUCCUCUCUGCAGAGAGACGCGACUGGCGGCUCCAGCAGGGAAUAUCUUUAUUACGAACCCA